AUGGCUGCUUCUUACUACACAACUCAAAUUCUUGCUAGUUUAAUCACUACCUUUAUGACAUUUUCAUGUACACUUGUCUUAUGUAAGAAUGUGCCUGCCUCCAUCAUUUCUGCUGCACCUGCAUUGCUGCCUGACCCCAUUUCUCCAACAUCAUCAUCAUCUCCGCCUGCGUUAUCACCAGAUAUUUAUCCGGUUUUCCCUUCACCGGGUGGCCCCGAGCUUGCUCCAAGUGACUCCUCAGUUCCCUUAAUUCCCUCCAGCCCCAGUCCUCCAAAUCCUGAUGCAUUUGCAGCUGAGGGCCCCGGGGCUGCAUUUUCGCCUUUGGGGAUGCUGCCGGAUUCUUCCUCACACCGGCCACACGUGGGAGGUGCUCUUGUGCUUGGUGGUGGUGCUUGUUGUAGAGAAUUUAGGGGUUGA